AUAGAAACAUUUGCAAACGUGAUCGAUUCUAUCUGGCAUCCCAAAUUCUUUAUGGAACAACAAGCAGUCAAAGUAAUGCCGACUCGUGGAUUUAUUAAUGAAAUACUCAAACGUUCAAAGGCAACUUAUUCAACUUUACAAAUCAGCUUAUUUUAUAUUUUUCGAGUUAAAAAGGCAGUUCACUAUAGAUUAUAUCAACGUUCAAAAAACACCAACAUGCCGACGAUGAGCACUAUGGAUGAAUUGAUGUGCUGCGGAAGACGCAUGUUUUUGGCCUCUCUUAUGCUUGCUUCAAAGUAUCUUCACGACAAGAACUAUCAGAACAAAGCAUGGUCACAAAUAACUGGACUUGAUAUAAAAGAAAUUAAUGCUGCGGAAAUGGCGUUCUUGACGUUGAUCGAUUAUCGACUUUACGUAUCAAAGCCAACUUUCGAUAAAUGGUAUACUCAACUACAUGGACACAUUCAGAGAAGCUGUAAGGUACAAUUAACACAAUCAGAACAGCCAGAAAAGAUUCCUUGUACAAUCCCUUCUCCACCUCCCGAAAUGCAGCAACAAUUAGCUCCACUUUCGCCUCCUUCAGAGAAGGGACCCAACUGUAUUACUUAUCAACGAUCUGAUUCUGGUGUCUCUUUUAUGUCACCUCCUCAACAGGAUGAAGAGUUUACAUCCAAAAAGAGACAGUGGAAUGAUCAAAGCAGUGAAGAGUCUGAUUUUUUUUGCACAACCAAGCGGCUUUGUCAAUAGCAUCACAUUAUUAUUACCCUUUGUACAUUACAGUGUUCUUCUCUUUAUCCCUCUUUCUCUCUCUCUUUUUCUCUUUAUUAUUCAUAUAUAUACACACACAAUCAAUCAAUCUCACACA